GGGAGCCGCAAAUAAAGAGGGGGGAGCGGCGGAGGCCCGGAGAGCGGAGCCGGACGCUGUGACCAUGCCCCUCAGUGCCCCUGCUGCCCGGGAGGUGGAGCUGCAGCUACUGCUGGAGGGGGAGGCGCUGGGGUGGGGCCGGGGCUGUGAGGACCUGCUGCCCACCCCUCCCCAGUCGCCCAAGGACCAGAUGCUGCCCUCCAAGGCGGAGCAGUUGGAGCUGGUGUCGGACCUGCUGCUGGAGGACGAGGAUGUGGGGCAGAGCCUCCUGUGGGGUGUGGAGGCCGGCCUGGCCCAGGACCCUGUGUGGGGCAGCCUGGCCCAGGACCCUGUGUGGGGCAGCCUGGCCCAGGACCCUGUGUGGGGCAGCCUGCUGGCCCAGACCGAGCUGGACUGGCUCACUGACUCCCUGCCCGUCUCCGGCUCCCUCAUGGCAGAGAUCGAAUCCCAGUUCUUCCAGGCUCUCGGGGGUCCGGUGCCAAGGCUCAGCGCCUCCCCACAGCCCGGGGUGGAUGAUGCAAGUUUGGACAGCGAGUCUCCGUUCCCACUGGACGGCCUUUCUUCACACUCCACUGACUCAGAUGAGGAGGUUGACGUGGUGAGUGUUGAGAAGCAGUCUCCGGUGGGGCGGAGUGACGAGCGUGUAGAGGUGACUCCACCAGCGACCCGCUCACAGACCCUGCCCCACAUCAAUCGCUGCAGCCUGGCCAUCCAACAGCAGCACAACUACGCUGCUCCCUCACCCCUGCUUCCUGAGGAUCUGCCCCUCCCAAAACGAGCGAGAACAGACGGCUACCUGCGCACUGCCAAGACCACCAGCUCGAGCCCCGGCCCAAGGGCUGUGGGUGCAGAGGAGGAGCGUAGGAGGACACACAACGUCCUGGAGAAGCAGAGGAGGAACGAGCUGAAGCAUUGCCUGCUGGCCCUCCGCGACCAGCUGCCAGAACUUUCCACCAACACCAAGGCUUCCAAGGUGGUGAUCCUGCAGAAAGCCACUGAGCACAUCGGCCGGCUGCAGAGGGAGCAGCUGAAGCUGCAGACCGACAGGAACCGGCUGCAGAGAAAGCAGCAGCAGCUUAGACACAAACUGCAGCAACUCCACAGGGCAGCCAAAUAGAACAACGAGUGCAGUUGGCCCAAGCUUGCACCCACAGCGAAGGAGCUGCACUCUCCUGCCAGACCUCUUCGUUAACUACUGCUCCAUGUGGUCACAGAAUGUUUGGGGAAGCUGCCUCACCUGGUGCUGGGCUCAGGACUCCUGACCUGCGCUUCCCGAACCGUUUGCUGUCCUGUCAACAAGGCACGUUUGCGGGAGUCUGUUCUUUCCAGGCAGGGAUCGAGGAGAGGAAACUGCCCCGGGUUCUCUGCCCAGAAACAUGAUGUGGAUUUUAUUUGUACAGUUAUCACUUGCCUUCUUUAUUUGUGCCACUGCUUUUCCAGGCUUUUUGAGGAGAGCUCCUGGAACGUUUCAAUAUUUACGUGGGGAUGCUUCCCGUGUCUACAGUUGUGAUGCUGUGUUAUUUUAAACUCUGGUGCCUCAGGCACUGCUGGGGGAGUUUCACACGGCAUUCCCUGCUGUUCUCCAGCUGCAGAUGUUAACAGGGACCAGUGCUCUUGUUCAGGACUCAUUCACCACUGCCCCCACCAACCAGGUCCUGUUGUUUACCAUUCACUGAGUGUCAGCAGCUCCGUCCUCCCUGGGUGUGAGGAGGAUGGAUGUACAGCUAAAGCCCCCUGACCAACUGACCACCAGCAUUUCCACCCCACAGCCAGUGGCAGUCUCUCCCCGACCAAAAUGGCCAACCAUCCGCUCCUGGGCUCAGGUUGCUGGUCAAGGUGAGGUCUUGUCUCCUGAGCAGUUGGUGUUGGGGCAGGAGGUGCACCAUCCGGGCACAGACUGGGUCAGAGGGUGGUUGUGGGACCGUCCUGGAGUGGACCUGAGUGACCACAGCUCCUGUACCAGAAUAGGUUUAAUGUGAUUUUGCUGCUGAUAAUUUACCUUCAGGUUCUGUGCUGGUUCUGCUGCGAUCAGUUUGAGUUGUUAUUGCACAGACUUUGUGGGACCUAUUCUGAGCUUUAAGUUAUUUGUGUUCCUCUCUGAGCACCUUGGGGUGUGGUAACCGAUGUUUAUUUGUUCUACAAAGCACUUUCUGUUUGGCAACCUUGUCACCAACUAUAUCAGUGCUUCACAAUCAAAUAAAACUGCUAAAGUUUAA